AUGUUGCCGGGGACCCUCUGGCGAAGAGUCCUGCAACUGCUGCUUCUGCCUCGGCUCAUUGAGACAAAGGACGGCUCGUUCGAAGUUGACCUUGGGAACUCGGGAGCACGACGACUUCAGUCUGCACCAGCGCAUUCGCGCCUGCCCAGUUUCAGCCAAGAUGCUGAAAGCCUGCGGAAAGAAGCCCAGGUGAAGUUCAGAACUGCAGAGGAGGUGGCUGGCCUGUCCAAGAUGCAGAGUGAUGCAGCGGAUCUUCGACUUGCAGGUGAUCCUCGUAAUGUACCUGGACCCGAAUGGCCGGCACAGACGCAGGAGGAGAGCAAUGAGGCAUGGCCCACUGGCCACCAGCCUGCAUCGCUUGCCGCAUGGUCGGUGAAACAUGGAAAGCUGUCUAUGUGCUGGCAAUCCAAGGUUCUCCGAGAUGUGGAGCAUGGUUGGCCAGGACAGUGCGUUGGUCUACUGUUUGUUCAAGCGACUACAUUGACGACAUGCCGAAAUUCCUGCUUGAAUGAUCCAAGGUGCUCAGUGUGGCAGUUCAAUCCUGGUCAGAUGAACGGUGGCUGUUGGCAGGGCCAGGGUCACCACUGCGAAAGCCGCAACGGGUAUAACCCGGUCCAGUUUUCCGGAGGGCAGCGGAUCCAGCACGGCAGCAUUCGUGUCAUGAAGCAGAUGAGUGGUAUUGAAGUGCAUGGUCUCCGCCCAAUCGGAAAGCUGUACAGUGAUGACCAGAGCACGAACAUCGAAAGAUGCAGGAACGUGUGCUAUUCAGACAUUCUCUGUCAGUACUGGCAGUACGGGGAAGACGGAUGCCGAGUCGAAGACCCCACGUAUAGUUCUGUGCAGUAUCCUUUGACGCUCGAGGGUGGUGCCAGCAAGACCAGUGAGUAUGCCAGAAGAAUUUUGGCGGGCGAGUACAUCCAACAUCUAUGUCCACCCCGAAGCCAGCCGGAGUUUCGCGCUGCUUUGCGCAAGGACCAUCCAGAUCCUUUGGGGGAGUAUGCCGCUUGGAGGUUAGUGCCAUAUGGGAUUCUCCUGGCAUUGGUCAUCCUCACGCUCUUUUGCUUGGCGUUUUGCAUCAUUGACUAUCAGGACCUCGCCGACGAGGAGCCAAUGACAGGAGUUGGAGCUCGAAUGACAUCCUCAAGAAGUCGGAAAGAUGCGAACCGACGAGGCGCAGAUAGUUCUCUGGCGAGGCAAUCACACAGCCCGUCUUCCAAAACGGCGCAGGCUCCGCUUCCCCUGCAGCUGGCCUCGCUACCGCAGCGGAUCUUCUCUCCCCCACAGCAAGCUACCUUUGGGUUUUCGCCUGCCAACGUGCCCGUUGCCGGCAUCCGGCCGGGGCCCAAAGUCCAGUUCAAGGAGUGUCCUGCGACUGAAAUCACGCGAUCCUGCACCAAAUGGAACUACGUUUGCCUCGACUUCAACCAGCUUCCUUGGGCAGUCAACGAGGCAUUUCGCAUCGCAUCUUCCGGCCGACCGGGUCCUUGCCACAUCGAUUUGCCGAAGGACAUCGUUUCAAUGAAGGCGCAGGUUCCAGAAGCAAUCUUCAAAAAGGCUGCAACUUUGACUGCGGAUGCGCCCCCGAUGUUGGACAUGGGUGCUGUGCAGAAGGCAGCCGAGCUCAUAAACAAGGCCAAGCGUCCCAUCCUGUAUGUAGGCCAAGGUGCCAGCCAUUGUCCGGAGAUUUUGACCCAGUUGGCAAAGAAGGCCAACAUACCGGUGACGACGACAUGCCAUGCAAUGGGAAUCUUCGACGAGCGCGAGCCUCUGUCUAUGCACAUGCUUGGCAUGCACGGGGCGGCCUAUGCCAACUUUGCGAUACAGAACGCUGACUGCAUCAUUGCUGUAGGCAGCAGGUUCGAUGAUCGUACCACUGGCAUUGUGGCCAAGUAUGCACCGAAGGCGAAAGCGGCAGAGAAAGAUGGCACCGGUGGCAUCAUACACAUCAACAUUGACAAGUCUUCUUUCGGGAAGGUCGUUCAGCCCACCGUGGCAGUGUGGGCGGACACCGAGCAUGCGCUCCAAGCUCUUGAACCGCUGGUCUCUGCUGGAGACCGUGAGGACUGGCUAAAGCAAUGUCAGGCUUGGAAGGAGCAGCAUGCUUUCGACUAUGUCAAAGCUCCCGCUGGCAAAAUCAAAGUGCAGCAGGUUUUAUCAGAAUUGAACAGCUAUCUUCAUAGACAAGACGUCUACAGCAAGAAGAAUGUCUUCGUGGCUACUGGCGUUGGCAACCAUCAGAUGAUGUCAUGCCAGUUUCUUCGAUGGAUCAAGCCGCGAUCUUUCAUCACCAGCGGCAGCUUGGGUGUGAUGGGGGCAGGACUGCCCUUCGCCAUCGGCACACAGGUGGCGAACCCAGAUUCUCUAACCAUUUUAAUCGACGGUGAUGGCUCCUUCGGCAUGACCAACAUGGACCUUCAGACCGUGAAGAGGUACAACCUGCCAAUCAAGAUGGCGGUGAUGAACGACGACAGGCAGCAGAUGGUCUGGGUCUGGCAGCGGCUCUUUUUCGAGGGCCGCUACAUCAGUGUGACCAACGACAAUCCAGAUUUCGUCGCUCUGGCGAAGGCCUAUGGAAUACAUGCUGUGCAAUGCGACAACGAAGAAGACCUACCGAAGGUCAUCGAAGAAUGGAUGUCCCAUGACGGCCCAAUGCUGGUGGACUUCAAGGUGGUUCCGGACAUUUGCUUGCCGAUGGUGGCGCCCGGCAAGGCUUUGGACGAAAUGAUCCUUUUACCAGAUCGAGAUGCUGUUCUCGGCACUGAAGAGGAAUUGGGCAGCAUGAAGUUCGAGGGCUUAGCACCAUCUUGA